GGCAAGGCUUCCUGAUUCUACUCGAAUUCCCCUUGGGGCCAUGCAAUCUCCCACCGAGUGGAAGUAGCCAGAUUUAAGCAGAAAGGAUACCCCGCCAACCAUGGAGUCGAUCCAAGUGCAAAAAUACUCCUUUACGCAGCUAGACAAGCUUGGUGAAGGAACUUACGCAACUGUUUACAAAGGACGCAAUCGGCAGACAGGGGAAAUCGUAGCUCUGAAACAGAUUCAUCUAGAUCCGGAGGAAGGGGCACCGUCAACAGCCAUCCGCGAGAUUUCCUUGAUGAAGGAACUCAAUCACGAAAACAUUCUCAACCUGUACGAUGUCAUCCAGAGCGAUGACCAACUGAUUCUCGUAUUUGAGUUCAUGGACCAAGAUCUGAAAAAGUACAUGGAUACUCGAGGUCUGCAAGGCAGGCUCGAUCAGUCCACUAUCAAGUCGUUCAUCCACCAAGUGCUAUGCGGAACCGCAUUCUGCCACCAGAAUCGCAUCAUUCACCGGGACCUGAAGCCACAGAACCUGUUGAUCAGUAGCUCCGGUCAGCUCAAGCUGGCGGACUUUGGCCUGGCUCGCGCGAUUGGAGUGCCGGUCAACACCUUCUCCAACGAAGUCGUCACGUUGUGGUAUCGGGCGCCCGACGUGCUCUUGGGAAGCAGGGCAUAUAGUACGAACAUCGAUUUGUGGUCGGUCGGCUGCAUCAUGGCUGAGUUGUAUCUCGGCCGGCCACUCUUUCCCGGGACCUCCAAUGACAACCAACUCCAGUUGAUCUUCCGUCUCCUGGGCACCCCGACGGAAGAGUCAUGGCCGGGCGUCUCCCGGCUGCCCGAGUAUAGGCCCAACCUCUACCCGCAAGGAACGAGGACGGACAUCCGACUGGUGUUCGGGCAGAUCGACGAGCCGGCUCUGGACCUUCUGCAGAAAAUGCUUCGAUUGUGCCCUGAGCAGCGCAUCAGCGCUGCGCAAGCCCUCCUGCACCCCUGGUUCCGUUGA